ACAUUUUUGUGUGCCAGUGCACUAGCGCCGCCGCACCUGCCAGCCAAUACUCUCAGUAUUUUUGUAUUCGUUCGUCGUACCAUCGCCCGGUGUGACCGGUGUGUGCUGUGUAGUUUAGGUAAACGUAAACGUUUUUUUUCUAAGUUAGUAUUUUUUUUUUUUGUUUUUACCUAUCCUCAAUUUAAAUUUUUUCUCGUCUUUAAAAACUACCGAAAAUGAAUCAGCUCGGCGAGUCGAAGCUGUUCAGGACGGCCCGACGGUCUACUCAACAAUAGCCUAGGUAGAAACUACCUACCUACCAAUGGAAAUAAAAAAAUAUAUUGAUACCAUCAAAUCGACCAGUGGCAACAUAGCGGAGUAAUAACAAUAAUAUAAUAAUUACCACCAGGAUCAAACACAAUGGACAGUUCGGAAUACGAAUCGGUGAGAAACGAAACGCUGCUGUUCUUUUUCGAAAAAUUGGUAGACAAGGGCACUCCACGGUCCCUGCACGACCUAAGUUGCCAAUUUGGUUCGAAAGGAUUUACCAAAGAGAUGCGACAGAUCGCUGGCGGAUCUCAGUCAGGCCUAAAGAAAUUCCUAUCUCAGCACCCGUCGUUAUUCACUUUAGACGGAGACCUGGUUGCAGCGUCUCAGAUAGUUGCACCAGUACAAUCAGAUACUAAUUAUAACCACAAAGCAGUCCAUUAUUUUAAAGACAAGUUAUUAAAAUAUGGAGUUGGAACUGAAGUACCAAUUCGAUGCCUACUCGGACACCGUUCUCAAGCGCCACCAGAGAUCCGGUUAAUAUCUGGUCUACACAUUAAAGAAUUUAGAGACUUUUUGAUGAAAUAUCCGGAUGUAUUUACUGUUGGCGAAGAUACCAUUAUACUUACCGAGUAUGCAGGAUUGGAGCGUAAAAUGUAUGAUGAUAGCGACCAACGUGAAGCUAAAAUUGAUCCAGAAAUCACAAAACGUCUUUUAGCGUUUUGUGUGCAAUGCUUGGAAUGUAAAGGCCCGAUGUUAACUGAUCAAAUGUUCCAUAGUAUUUCCUUGCGUUUUACAGAAAAUACUUGGUCACCGAUUUUUAAGACUCCAUCAGAUCUGUUCACAUUUUUGAAAAUGCAUCCUGAACAGUUUGACACACAAUCCAAUUUAAUAACUUUGGCAAAAAAUGGUCCGAAACCAGAAGUUAAAAUCGCUAGAAUUCCUACAGAAGUUGUUCCAUUAACUCCCCCUAUGUCGCCGCCUCUACCCAAACCAAUACCAAACAAUAAUCAAUCUCUCAAACAAAGAAUUAACAAUUUAGUCAUGAAAACAAUUGCAGACAACACUGAGCGAAAUAACAAAAUACCAAAUGGCUAUGAUGAUAGCGAUGCAUGGAAAGGAAAAAUGUUGAACAAUAUUAAAGCAAUCGUAACAAGUACCAAAGAAUGUUCAAAUAUUGUGGAUAAAAUUUUGGCACAAAAGUCAGCUAUUGGUAUAGAUUUUGAAGGUCUAUGUAUUGGAGCCAAUGGUCAAUUGACCUUAAUGCAAGUGGUAAAUGAAGAUGGAUUAUGUUUUAUAUUUGAUUUAAUUGCUUGUCCGCAAUUAAUUAAAAGUGGAUUACAAAGUCUUCUAGAAAGUGAAGAAAUAACUAAGGUGAUCAAUGAUUGUCGGAAUGAAAGUUUGAACCUGUACAACCAGUUUGGCAUUGCAAUGAAAAACGUGUUCGAUAUUCAGGCUGCCAUUGCUAUUAUUCAAUUUCAAGAAACUGGGCAACCGGUUUAUAAGGCAAAAAAUCUUAGUCUUAAUGCCAUAUGUGAAAUGUAUGGUUUGCCAAUAAACUCAUCCAAGGAUCAGUUGAGAACUCAAAAUAAAAAAGAUCAAAGGUAUUGGCUACGGAGGCCAUUAUCUAAGGAUAUGCUCGCUUACGCUGCCAGUGACGUAUUAACUCUCAUGCCUAAAUUAUAUAAAAUUUUAUCUGCUCAAAUUCAUCCAUCCAAUACUAAACUGCUCGAAGAGUUAUGUGAAGAACAAGCGUUUUUGUAUAUUUCUCCAGAUAAUGUUCAAAAACGUAAGCACCAGCGUAAAAUUGAUAACGAGUUGCAAGUUCUUAAAGAAAAAUUGUCUACUGAUAAUGGCAAAAAUGUUGUUCUCAGUAACAGAGAAUUGAGAUUAUUAAGGCAUUUGGAAUUAACUGAGGAAGAUAAAGAAAAGUUAAAAGGAUCCACAAAGGUUGCAAAAAAGUUAGAAAAGAUGGAAGGAAAAAAUAUGAAAUAUAAUGGAGAUGAGUGUGAUUCCAAUGAGUUCCUUAGCUUAGACAGCAAUAUCAGUGGUAAAUCAACAUCAUCUGAUAAUUCUGCAUCUGGAGAAUCCCAAUCUAUCGUGUCCGAACAACCGCUAAGCCUAACUGAAUCUAUGCAAAGGCUGGAUGAUGUAUUAUCUGAUAAACUUAUGGAUCGUUUGGAAAAAAUUGAGCGUCUUGAGUCAUUGUUGACAAUGGCCAUGGAUGCAGAGCCAGACCAAACAGAUAGUUUAGAUACUUCACCUAUGAGUUACAAGUGCACAUGCCGUUUAUUUGCUACAGACACCGUUGACAUGUCCACUCAAACUGAACCACUAUAAUCCAUUAUUGUUGGAAAAGAGAAAUACUUUGGGUUUAUUAUUUAAUUUUUUUAAAUGUUAUGCCUGGCCAUGGCCUUUGAGCCUAAUUGUUUAGUUCACGAUCGGGUUUCAUAUUACUUUUGAUUAAUGUAAAAAGUGGUAUUGAAAAAUCUGGGUCCAUGUAUAUAAUACAAAUAGAGAAACUAAUUAACAGGGUUGAGUCUGUACAAUAUCCGUCCAUAAUAUUAUUAUACCUGCUAUAUUUUGUGUUACGAUAUAGCAAAGGUCAUAAAUAAUAUUCAAAAUUUGACAGCAAUAAAAAGAAAAAAACCGCAAGACGGUUAGACAAAUUAGACUGAAAAAUAUUAUAUUUUUAUUAAAUUUGCGCUAGCAUCACAACGUGCCUAUUUAGAUUUUAGAUAAAUUAAUUUUAGUUGACUUUGUUUGCUCAAACAGUAUUAACCUAAAUUAUAGUAUUUUAUUGUGAAGUCCAUGUACUAAAAUAAGUAACAUGAAUGCCUGUAUAAUGAACUAUCAUGAAGUUGAAGGUUAGGGAUUUCAAAAUAAAUGCUUGGUGUUUUGAAAGUAGACAUUUUACUCUACACCUAUUUAACUUGAGUAACCCAAGCAUGUAUAUUGUAUACGCUAUACUUGUUUUUCUAGGAGCCCCCCUCUCCCAGUUAAUUAAUCAUAACCAAUAUAAAUUACAAAUUCAAAGUUCUAUUAUGUAAGUAAAAUAAAAUAUUGGGUGGGAGGGUUCAAAAAUUCCCAAUCCCCCCCCCCCUAUAGCCCUGUAUACGUGCCUGAUGCGGUAGAUGGACAUUUUCUCCCCGUGUAUAUUUUACACACAGUUAUUUUUGGUUAAAUUCUGCAAUUCACUAUUGUGUAUCUUAUUAAUCAUUAAGAUAACCAUGAUAAAAUAACAUAGUAUGACGGCUACAAACUGAAAUAUUGUUAAGUCUUGCGCAUUUAGUUGUAUCAAGUUUACUUCAUAAUAUACUAUAAGUACAUAUUAGUCAUGACAAAACCAAUGAAAAGUGGCAAACUAGAUACUGAAUAGUGACGUGGCAAUGAGUAUGCGUAUCAUUAAACUGCCAUCAUACCGUGUUAUUUUAUCAAGAAGGUAACUGUCGAUUACAGGACUGGAGUUGACAGUUGGGAUAUAUCAUAUACGUAUAUAAGCGUGCACAGAUAUGACUGGCAGGGUAGUCAUAAAUAACACAUUAACACAUACACACACACAUAUGUUAAACUAUAAUAUAUUAUAUUCUUAUCCACUCCUAAAGUUAAAAAAAAUUUAGAUGUGGUAAUUUUUUUCCCCAUAUUCUUACAUAUUACUGUUGACGGUAUCUAACAU